CUGGAUUCCAGUUCAAGUGUUAAAGCCUGUGGAAAAAAGAUAGACUUAUUAGCUAUAUCACAGGAAUAUUAUACAGUUUAACGGGAGAUAAUUGUGUUUAUUCUCUAGGAUAUUCAAGCAAAUAACAGAAAAAAUAGAUAUGGAUACUCAUCAAACAUACUUCUACAUGAAGCUUGCACUGUCAGAUUAAACCCCCUCCUUAUCAUUUAGGAAGAAAUAAUCGUGCGGAGUUACAAAGUUGUGUUCACCAAAUGUAAGGUAGACGUAUCAGCGCCGAUGGAAUCGAUGGAAUUUGACAAGAUCAGCACAGUGGUUCUUACGCUGAAAUUAUUGAGCGAAAAUCUGAUAGUUUCUCUACGACAGGUGUUUGUGUCAUACCGCGCAAGCUCGUAGCAGAAGAGACACGAUAAUGUGAACACUGUAUUUCGCUGUUAGAAUUAUAACCUUAAAAUCUCUUGCAAAAUGGAAUGGCCGUGACAGCGUACGGAUAUUGGAAUACAUUUUGGUGAUCACAACAUAAUGAAUAUCUUCAAAGCAAUUGUUCUAGAUAAUCACAUCCAUUGAGAAGGAUUAAAACCCUUUCUCAUAGGGCUAAUCUCCUGAAAAGAAAAUUAAUAGGAUAUUUUAUCCGGAUUGCGUCAGGAAAACGUGAAGCACUAAAACUUUAACAGGAUAUUAAUUCUGGUAGCUGACAUUCAUUACCACAAAAGGCAUCGUACAAGAUGGAUGUAAGAAAUUUCUGAGGACAAUGUUUCCGUUUGAUGGGAACACACUAUCUGGAAGUUCAAUACCGAGGGCGAGGUUUGGCAGAAGUAGUGGCAAGGGACCAGUUUUUGAACAUUUGUUAUCUACUACUGUUAAAACGACAACACAAGAAAAAAUAGCGGAUGUCUAUGACGUGAAUGAAAUGGUAGAUAUGGAUACACGGCUUGGAAAUGGAAUGGGAGUAGCAGGGGAUUUGGACAAUAAAUAUGCUGCAAAUGUUGAAUCAGCGGGUAUUACUUUAGAUUUGUUAUCGAAUACAUCGAAUAAUUUUUCCGGUUAUUCGGAAACGACAGACUCUGGUUUAAACCUGAGUUCUUGGUUUGGCUGUGAUAUAUUCAACGACAGUUCGUGUUGGAACACUUCCGACUCAAACUCUACGUUGACACCAGAAGAGGAAUUUCCUGAACAUGCGUACUGGACGCUGUGCUUGCUACUGUUUCCAGUGUUUACUGUGUUUGGUAAUAUUCUUGUGGUUCUAAGCGUGUACAGGGAGCGGAGUUUGCGCCAUGUUACAAACUAUUUUAUUUGUUCGCUAGCCGUGGCGGACAUACUUGUAGCAGUUAUUGUGAUGCCACCGGCGGUGUUCAUGGAGGUCACAAAAUACUGGAGUUUGAGUGAUGAACUGUGUGAUGCCUGGGUAGCGUUUGACGUCAUGGCUUGUACUGCCUCCAUUCUUAAUCUUACCGCCAUAAGUGUUGACAGAUUUAUCGCCGUUACACAGCCUAUCAAAUAUGCUAAGCACAAGAAUUCUAAACGAGUGCAAGUGAUGCUAGCACUUACUUGGGUUGUUUCCGUAGCCAUAGCUGCCCCAAUCGCUCUUGGAGUUAACUAUUCAGACGCACGGACACCUGGUUCAUGUAGCUUCUUUAAUUCUGAUUUCUUAAUAUAUUCGUCCAUGGGUUCAUUUUAUAUUCCAUCACUGAUAAUGAUAUUUCUAUACUGGAGAAUUUAUAGAGUGUUACGAUUACGAGCUAAAAGGUCAUUAGCACAUAAGAAAGCUAGAUCCAUAGAUACACAGACGUUGACUAAUGUAAUAGAAAAUCAAGCUGUUAGUGAACCAACUGUCAAAACUGGUCUUGCCAAAAUGGACAACGGAAAGGUUUCUAGUUACAAUACAACCACAAAUAAUUUUGACAAAUCUAACCAUAGAGAGGUUCAUGAGACCCAUAUAGACGAUCCGUCAACCUCUAACCCUCCAACAGACUCUCAAGAAAAAGAUGAAGAGAGUGAUUCUAAAAGCCCAGUACAUUUACCAGCACAAGGCGAACUUAUAAUUAACCCUGUUGCUGAAGAUAUUGAACGACAAGAACAAUUAUCAUUUAAGAAAAACGAGUCGUCGCCAGUGAUAUCACUUCCAGAGGUGGAGGAAACAAAUUUUGUUUCUAAAGACGGUAAAACUGUGAAUCAGGACAAUAAGGAGGACAGUAGUAGUGGUGAAAAAACUAGUUCUGACGGCAAAGGACGACGGAAAAAAGAGAAGAAAAAUAUGACAAAAUUUAAUUUUCACAUGAGAACCAGUCGGAAACGAAAGGAGAAAUCAUCUUCUAGACGAGAAAGAAAAGCAACAAAAACAUUAGCAAUUGUUUUAGGUGUGUUUUUACUCUGCUGGUGGCCUUUCUUCACUGUGAACAUUAUGCGGGCGAUAUGUCUCCGUUAUCAAGUGUUAAAUUAUCCAUCCUGUGACAUUGACCCUUAUCUGAUGGGAUUCUUUGUUUGGUUAGGCUAUAUAAACAGCUUCUUGAAUCCUCUCAUCUACACAAUAUUUAACCCGGAAUUCAGAAAAGCCUUUAAGAAAAUACUCAGCGACCCUCUGAAGAAGAGAUAUUAAAGUCUUAAAAAAGUAGGGUGUGUAAAAUAUUUUCCAUUAAACUGAUUAUGUCAUUGAAUUACAGUUUAUUUAAUACACUAAUUUAUGGAUACUUGUCUAAUUUAUUUUAAACAAAACAUACAUUUUUCUUAAAUGAUUUGUUUGGGAACAUUCCUGCUUAAGGUAUGUAAGGCACAAAAACCAUUUGCAAAGGUUUUGCUGAAAAUCCUGUUCGCAUUAAUGAAGACAGAAAUGAAUUGAGCAUUUACUUUGGCAUAGAAAACCAUUAUACUUUGAAAUGCAAGAUAUAUUUUUAUUUAGACAUUGUCCAAGUAAGUAGGGCAGUAUUUAUAUAAAAAAUAUUAGAAAUCACUAACUUUCAAAACACGUGAAAUUAUAAGCGCAGCUAUAUAAUAUCCACAUUACUAUAUAGCAUAAAUGAUGUUACACCAAUCCUCCUAACACAACGUCAUUUCCCGUACAUUUCCUUGGGCAAUACUUUAAUUUCACUUGUGUUUGUAAGUUAAUUUAUGAGGUACAUUUUAUAUUGUAGCCAUGUUGGAACUUUGUUGCUAGUUUCUUAUUUCACUUAUCCUCUACUAUAUUUGUGAAGUUAGCCUUGAAUAUAUAACUUUUGCAGUACCACCACCCAUACAUCAUAUCGAACAUGCCGCCUUAAACACGUCAGACUAUGAACUUAUGUUAGUACUUUUUAUACUAAUUCUAAAAACUUCGAACUUAAUUCAGCAAUUUUACUCAUAGUUAUCUAAAAAUGGUAUGCUUCUGUUUGUAUUGAGUUUAUUAGGUUUUUUUUUAUCAGCCGGCAGUAUGGAAUGUCAUUUUAUUUGAUGUCCAAGUAUAAUCUGAAAUCAACUGGUUUUGUUUUACUUAAUGGCUAUAUAUCAGUUAAGGCAUUAGCAUGUUUGGAAACAAAUGUUUACUCACCUGCAGGCAGCUCAUAAGAAAAUUCCAGUUUUUAGUACUAGACAGAUACAUCUUAAAAUAAGGACAUAUCUCAUGAUAUUUUGAAGUUCAAUGUUCUUUAAAUUGUGGGGUAAAGUAAGGAUGUUGGACUUGUCAUCACCUGUCGUGAACAAACCUACAAAGCGAGUCUGUUUUUAUUUUUGAUAGGUUGGUUGAAAUAUGUAUUUUUUCAACGGAUCGGCUUAUAGAUCUGUUUAAUAUACAUGUAUUGACAAUUGAAAGUAGCACAUUGGGUCAAACGUGAUAUGUUAUUAUAAGUUUGACCUUAUAUAAUAAAUGAUUAGAAUAAAUCUUAGAACAGAUCGACCAAUUCACUAGAAUCCGGGUUCGUUGAGAGCAUAAAAAAGACAUCAACUAGUAAAAGGGAAAUGUUAAUCAUUUUUCCAUAUGGACUUUUCAGCUACGCAAAAGGCUACAGCAAAAUGAACCAAUCCCAGAACAUCGCUAAAUAUAGCCGAGUUUAAUAAUGUAUACGAAUUGACGGUUUGACCGGCUAUUAUAAUAGUUGUACAAUGAUGGAGCUUUAUACACUGGUCGUCCGUACUGUGCAACGUCGUAUAUUCCUACUGGCUGCUUUGGCAAGUUAUUGUUAGUAAAUUUGCAAUGACAUUCUUCUUUGCACAGGUUUUAAAUGCUGAAGUAAAAGUCUAAUGAUAAAUAUAAUGUGGCAUUGUUUACUAUAAGGGGUCAUUCUGACCAACGUGAAUAUAAUAUGAAAUGGUAAGGGGCCAUUCUGGCAAACAUAAAUAGCAUGGCAUUGUAUGCAGUGAGACCAGAAUAUAUUGUAACAUUGUGUGCAAACAGUGGCAAGAAUGGCCAACCUGAGUAUAAUGCGAUAUUGUGUGCAGAGAAAGGCCAUAAUGGCCAAUCUGAAUUCAUAUAGCAUUUUGUUGUUGCUGAAAAUCUGUUGUUCGCUGGAUAUAUAAGGUAUUCUAUAAGAAACAACAGCAAAUAAUGUCCUUGUUUCGGUUACAGGUAUAAAUAUUACAUUUUGUAGUUUUGAAAAUCUAUAUACAUGACGUCGAGUCAGUAUUUCUUUUAUUACUAUAUGACAUUCUGACAUGCGCAAAACUGAAAUACAGCAUACAUUUUGACAUGCGCAAAACUGAAAUCUUUAGGUUGACCUACCAGGUUAAAAUUAAGUCUUUCAAAAAUAUAAAUUUACAGUGUGUUGGCUUUUGGCCUGAGGUGUAAAGUUUGUAUAUGUUUGUGCAAAAAGAUAUUGAAAAAUCCAUCAUAUUUGAAAAUGUUUACAUAUCAUAAUAUAUCACUAUACGAAACCUUCCCUAAAAGUGUUGCCACUCUUUAAAUAGUUAGCUUUCGGCCAAAUGGAUAUAAAUAUAUCUAACUUGCCAAGAAAAGCGAGGAAGAUUCAUUAAAUAUUCAAACGACUUACAGCUACAUAUCCAACUUUCGCACUUAGCGCUCCUUUUAUUGAUGCCGAAAUAUUUCUUCGUGUUCAUUGAUAAAAAUUACAUGGUGUUUAUAUUCAUGUUACAGGAAAUGCUUUCUCUAAAAAGCCAUAUUAGUGUUAUGACUAUUGUCAUUCACUAAAUGAUUUUAUUAAUUAGGCGAUUUCAUAUUGACUUUUAUGGUCAGUAUGAGACUACUUGCCGAUACAAUACAACAGUCAAAUGUCAAAUUAUAACUCAUGACUUUUAUUUUGUAACUAUAGAUGUUUAUUUUAAAAAAAUGUAUCAGCUUCAUUAAUCAAUGCGAACUUGUUUUUUAACAACUUCGAGAAACCUGAAAGACAUUGUUGUGCUUUUUCCAGAAUAUGAACUGCCUUUCAAAGAAGAAAAUUUCUAGCAGACUAACCUUUAUGUUAAACUUCUCUUCUCUUCUGUGGAAGUAUUACUGUCAAGCCUAAAGGUCAAACUGCAAUCAGGUUGUCUUUCACAGCAAAGUUAACACAUUGCAGGGUUCAGUUUUUACAAGUCAAUUCGCAUUUUGAAACUGAACAUUGGUUUUGAAAUUUCGCCUGCCGGCUUGCAUGUUCCAAGAAAAAUGCUGGAGAUACUCGCGUGCAGAUUCCAUCACCCCGUUUUUAGUUUAGUUUUUUAGAUCACUCGAUGUCCGGCGUCUGUCUGUCUGUCCGUCAACAUUUAGCUUGUGUAUGUGAUAGAGGCUGUAUUUUUCAACUGAUCUUCAUGACAUUUGGUCAGAAUGAUAACCUUGAUGAAAUCUAGGUCAAGUUCGAAAAUGGGUCAUCUAGGGUCAAAAACUAGGUCACAUCAAAGAAAAAACAUUGUGUAUGCGAUAGAGGCUGUAUUUUUGAAGUAAUCUUCAUGAAUUCUGGUCAGAAUGAUUUCCCUGAUGAAAUCUAGGCCGAGUUCGAAAAUGGAUCAUCUGGGGUCAAAAACUAGGUCACUAGGUUAAAUUAAAGAAAAACUUUGUGUAUGCGAUAGAGGCUGUAUUUUUCAAGUAAUCUUCAUGAAUUUUGGUCAGAAUGAUAACCUUGAUGAAAUCUAGGCCGAGUUUGAAAAUGGGUCAUCUGGGGUCAAAAACUAGGUCAAAUUUAAGAAAAACCUUGUGUAUGCGAUAUAGGCUGCAUUUUUCAAUUAAUUUUCAUGAAUUUUGGUUAGAAUGAUUGCCUUGAUGAAAUCUAGGUCAGCUUCGAAUAUGGGUUAUCUAGGGUCAAAAAGUAGGUCAUUAGGUCAAAUCAAAGAACAAACCUUGUGUAUGCGAUAGAGGCUAUAUUUUUCAAUUGAUCUUCAUGAAAUUCAGUCAGAAUGAUUGCCUUGAUAAAAUCUUGGUCAAGUUUGAAUAUGGGUCAUCUUGGGUCAAAAAUUAGGUCACUAGGUCAAAUCAAAGAAAACCCUUGUGUAUGCAAUAGAGGCUGUAUUUUUCAAUUGAUCUUUAUGAAAUUUGGUCAGAAUUAUUGCCUUGAUAAAAUCUAGGUAGAGUAGGGUCAUCUGGGGUCAAAAACUAGGUCACUGGGUCAAAUAAAAGAAAUACUUGUGUUUGCUCCAAUUUUAAUGAUACUUGGUCAGAAUAUUUUUUUCCAUGCAAUCACUAGGUCUAUGUUUACACUGUUAUGGUGUAUUAUGGUGUGUUUCUCAGGUGAGCGACCCAGGGCCAUCUUGGCCCUCUUGUUUAACGUAUUGUGAUUAUCACUAAUUAGGAAUGGUUUAAUUGCUGGGUUAAAGCGCAGUGAAUAAACAAUCAAGAAAAUAAUCUUAUUUUGUCAAAACUUAGAGCAUAGUUUUCAAGACGGCAAGUUUUGUAGACAAAAAAACGGAUCCGGAUAUACGCCAAGAUUUGUAUGGUAUUGAUCAUUUCGAGGUAGUUGAGAUGAAGCAAACUGUAGCCAAAUUCAUUAAUUAGUGUAGCAAAUAUCAUAAAGCUAAUUAAGAAAUAUAUGUAAAAUAUGUUAGUCUGCACAUAAAAUAUCAACGUUUUUCGUUUUUGUUUUCGCUUUUCCUGGUUUAUUUAUAUUUAUAUUAAAACUUGACCAUAUACGCUGAAUAACUGAUUGCUUUACGUUGUUUAUCGUCUCAUUUACAACGGUUCAGAUUUCAGAUGCGCAGGAAUUGAACUGCGAGUGCGUUAAAUAUCCAGCCAUCUUGGAGAUAAGUCGUGGUAAAUCAAUCAAACUACAAUAAUGCGUUGUUUAUAUUCUAACACUUGUAUUUAACCAAACUGAUAAAAACUAUACUGAACUUCAUUUAUCGAAGUGCUAAUGAAUCGAGCGUCUUUCAGCUGUUCGACGUCGUAACUGAUGUCAUUACAUAUUCUCAUGUUCUUUGCGUCAACCGUCGUAUAUCGCAGAAUAUUCCAUACCUAACACCUUUCUUUGCUGAAAUAACAAAUAAACGAGACAUGUUAUAAUAUAUCAUUAGAAUAUUACAUCCAAGAUUGGUCUCGCUAAAUAUUUACUUCAUAAUCUACUUUUUAAACAUUUUGGACAGAGCAUGAUAUAUAAAUUACAAUAUGAUAUAACGGUGAAAACGCGAUAGACGUUUAGCUUAAGUUUAAUGUAACAGAUAUUGUACAAUUAUCUUCGUGUUUAAAAUGCAUUAAAACACAAAAAAAACUACAUUUAAAAAAACUAUAUUUAUAUUUAUCUAAUUUAACUUAUUACAGGUUUAAAGGAUCAUACGGCAAGAUUGCAUACAUGGUGCUAUCAGUCUAGUGUUUGGUUUGAAAAAAAAAAACUAUUUAACUUUCCGCUUGAAAGUGUCCAAAAAUUGUCAGUUCACUUAUAAUAAAAGAUAUUUUACUUACGCCUGCAUUUGACUGAAACUUUCUAAAUUUGUGAUAAGUGCGCAAGUUAAAACAUCAAGUUCCGUAACAAUGCCAUUUUCGCAAACUAUUUACCUUUAAUAAACUCUAUAAGAAGAUCCUUCGGAGGCAUAAGAAGCAACCAGGCAAAAUAAAAACUGAACCGGUUAGAUUGUGUCUGUUUAUGAGAGUACUGAAAUUUGUAAAACCACUCCCGCCUCUGACCUUUAUUUGCACAGAAUUAUUUCCCUUUUCGCACUUAGAAAAUGUCUAAACUUUGUUUUUCAAUAUUUUUUUCAUGUUCUUACAUUGUAUUGGAACUUUGGGAACUUAAUGGAAAUUUACACAGUCAAUACGUAAACAUUUAUUUUUUUUCUCUUUCAUUUUUAUAUAAAGGUUACCAGUAGGUCAGUUUUAACGUUUUCUUAGCACGACUUUUUUUAUUGUAGCAUAUAGCCAAAUAAAGGUUUAUAGCUUUACAAUGGGUAAAUAAAGGGUUGAUUGUAACAUGUUGAACCAGAUACCUACAUUCUUAUGCUGCGUGAUGUCUUAAAAUGUUUACUAUUGAAAUUGUGUUUUGUUAUUGGUUUAUAAUAUUUCGUAAUUUAAAGCAAUGGGCAGACUUUUCGAAUAAAAUUGUUAAACUGUUAUAGCUAAAGGUAUUGUUUGUAUGUGGCUAUCAAUUGUUCAUUUGUUUGUUGAGGAAUAGUUGUUUAUGUGACAUGUGUUAGAAACGAAAAUUCAAUAAUCUGGCCUUAGUCAUAGUUGUGUCACAUAUUCCUUAAGAUAUGAAUGUAUUGCUUGUGCAACGUAGAAUUUAAUUAUGGGAAAAAUAUCUAAUGUGGCUAAAUACUUUAAACACUAGUAGAUACUUUAAUUGAUAAUAAUUUUAUGCAGUCUACAACAUGUCAUUUAUUCAUACUGUUGUAAUGAAAUAUAAAAUGGUACUACAGGACAUUUUAAGAAACACUCAGUGAUUGUUAAUUAAAACUCUUAAAUUGACUGUUUUGUUUAGCAUGAUAAUGGAAUGUUAUAUAGAUAUGUCAUUGUUUGUGAUGUAAUGUUGAGGUUGAUACCGAAAAAAUGGGUAAUUAAUAAUAUAAUGGUAUAAAGUGGUACAACUUAGUAAAAUAAAAUGAUAUGUACGCACGUGAUAAAAUUACGUUAGAAAAACAUUUUGUACGUCACAAACAAUUAACAUUAGAAUACAUUUUACAGAAAAUAAUGUCCAUAUUGAUGUAUUCAGUAACAUAAUUUACAAUACAUGUGUAAUGAAAAAAAUAAACGUCUAAAUGUAUCUGGUCUCUCUUACUACAUUUAUAUCACAUAGUCUAACUGUCUUUAUAGCUUAAGUUUUAUCUUCACAUUUUUUCAUGUCAAAGAUCAAUUUAACUGAAUUCUCAUAACCUCUUGUCACGACCUGUUUUCAAUAGAAAAUAAAUGUUUAUAUUUUGUAAAUAAUGAGAUGUUGAUAGGCUUGUAAUUGAUCUGACUAAUGAAAUAUGCAUUAUUAUAAUGAACAUAAUGAACAUGUUUAAUUCUAAUUUCUGAAUUCGGUAGAUGUAAAUAGGGUAUAAGAGAAGAAGUUAGAUGUUGAUAACGAGAAGUGGAAAUCCGCAGAAAGCAUAUCAUUCUUCGAUUAGGAGGGGAUAUAUUAUUCCAUCAAAAAUGAAAAAAACAAAACGUGGGUUAACAUGGACAGACUUGACAGUACGAUUGUUUGUUUUUGUUGGGUUUAACGCCACAUCAACACAAUUAUAGGUCAUAUGGUCAUUAUGGACUUUCCAGCUUUUAUGGUGGAAGAAGACCCUAGCUGCCCAUUCGUGCAUUAUUUCAUCACGAGCGGGCACCUGAGUAGAAACCACCGACCUUCCGUAAGCCAGCUAGAUGGCUUCUUCACAUGAAGAAUUCAACGCCUCGAGUGAGGCUUCAACCCACAUGAGGGGCAAGUGGUUUGAAGUAAGCGACCUUAACCACUCGGUCACGGAGGCCCCCAAAAUAGUUUAUAGUACCUGAACGCCCUUACAUAACUUACAUAGUGUCAAAAACAUAACAAGCUAUCAAAUAUCAAAAUUGUCAUUCAAAACUUAAUAACACGGAGACAAUGAUUAUCAACAUGAGUUUUCAUUUACUGAUUACGCUACUAUUAGGUGAGGGGCAAGUGAUUUGAAGUCAGCGACCUUAACCACUCGGCCACGGAGGCCCCUCAUAAUACGAUUCUCUGUGAUCCGUAGAUGGUCCUAUAAUUUUGUAGCGUAAUAUGUGUAAGUUCACAUUUACAUCAAAACUGAAAGCAAAUCUCUGUUAGGUAAUUGAUGAAUAUUUGUGCCUAAAUCUCUCACUUCACAGGCCUAUUACCUGUGGACAACAGACGGCCUUAAAUGUUUUUGGGGUCAAGAUACGAAAAACCAAAGUCACAUUGAACAUAAAACUGUAAACAGUUUCCGAUCCAUAUCUGAUUUAUUUUUUUCUUGUUUGAGCUGUUUGGGGCGUAGACUGUAAUCUUUUAUAGGAUAAUUGUCUACGGAGUGAACAGAAGUGGACCGCUACUGGUUUUUGUUCUUUGGUUAGUACCAUGCGAUCGAAAAUUAGGACAUUUUCUGUAAGAUGUCAUAGAAUAAUUGCUGGUAGACAGCCCUGUUGUUUUCGAGGCUUAAUUAUGUACAUACCAGUUGCCUCUCAUAGACCAUCAUGCGGUCAUGUGUGUUUUACAAGCAGGUCUUGUUUAAAUCAGUUUCUGACUAUCUAAUAAAUUCUUCCACACUAUAAUUUCGUACAAUAGUUAUAGCUUUGAAAAUAUUAGUUUUAUUUAUGAAAAUUUCAUCAGGACUUAAUGCAUUUACCUCUUUAUUCCAAGACACUAAUAGCGAGAAAUAACAGUUGUAUCUAUAGUAUACAUUACAGAUGACUGUAGAUGAACGUUUUCUUACACUCUGCAUGUAUUUAUCAGAUGCUUUGAUAUAACUGUAUAAAGAAAAAGUUCUCAGUACUCUGUUAAUCUGUAUGUAUAACGUGGUUAUGAUAACUGUAUGUAUAUAUAUCAGAAAUAAAUUGUUAAC